AUGCUAUCAUCAACCCUCGCCAUCUUGGCGGCCGCGCCCACCGUCUGGGCUGCCGCUACUCUCCGCGCCCGCGCUUCGCCCCAAGCGUUCGCCUCCAGCAGCGAUGGCUCCCACAAGCUCUCGGAAAUCGACGCCCCCGUCAGCGGUACCGGUGAUGCGGGUGGCGCCUCGACCUGGAAACUCUCAGUCAAAGACCAAUCCGGCAAGAAACAAACCAUCACCGGCUUCGGCGCGACCGUGACCGACGCCACCGUCACCGUGUUCAACUCCCUGUCUUCCGACAAGCUGUCCGACCUGCUCAACGAGUUGGUGACCCCCGCCGGCGCCAACUUCCAGCUGCUGCGGCACACCAUCGCGUCGUCGGAUCUGUCCGCCGACCCGGCAUAUUCGUACGACGACAACGGUGGCAAAGCCGACACCGACUUCAAGUCGUUUGGGCUGGGCGACCGCGGCACGGCGAUGGCGCAGAUGCUGAAGAAGCUCAAGGGCCUGCAGUCGGAUCUCACGAUUCUCGGAACGCCGUGGAGUCCGCCCGGGUGGAUGAAGCUGAACGGGGUGCUCAUGGGCAACACGCAGAACAACAACCUCGACCCGAACCAUGCGGGGGAUUUUGGAAAGUACUUGGCCAAGUACCUGGAUGCGUACAAGUCUGAGGGGGUGGACAUUGAUGCGAUUACGAUUCAGAACGAGCCGCUGAACAGCCGCCCGGGGAUGCCGACGAUGUAUGUGUUUGCGGAUGAGUCGGGGAAGCUGAUCCAGAACAAUGUUGGCCCGGCGUUGAGGGAUGCGGGUCAUAAGACGACGGUGUGGGCGUAUGACCACAACACUGACAAGCCGGAGUACCCCCAAACAGUCCUCGACGAAGCCUCCGAGUUCGUCAACGCCGUCGCAUGGCACUGCUACGCCUCAAGCCUCGACUGGGGCGUCCUAACCGACUUCCACAACAAGAACCCCAACGUCGACCAGUACAUGACCGAGUGCUGGACGUCCUCGCAAACCGGCUGGUCCCAAGCCGCCGACUUCACCAUGGGGCCCCUGCAAAACUGGGCGCGCGGCGCGAUGGCCUGGACGCUCGGCUCUGACAAGAACUUCGGCCCGCAUCUGUCGGCUAACGACGGGCCGUGCACGACCUGCCGCGGGUUGGUGACGGUCGACACGGCGACGGGGAACUAUAACUUUGAGGUGGAUUAUUACAUGAUGGCGCAGUUCAGCAAGUUCAUGCCGAAGGGUGCGGUCGUGCUGGAUGGUACCGGUAGCUACAGCUAUGGUGAUGGGACGGGUAUUCAGUCGGUUGCGUCGGUUAACCCGGAUGGGAGCAAGACGGUGGUGAUUGAGAACAAGUUCUCGAAUGAUGUGUAUGUCACAGUUUCGCUGGAGAGUGGCGCGCAGUGGAGCGGGUCGGUUUUGGGUAAUGCGGUGGUGACUUGGGUGUUGCCGGCUUGA